CUUACCUAAAACACUACUUGGGUAAGAGGACUCCAUAACACAAGACAAACGCCAUCAAGAAGUAGAACUGAAGAAGAACACAAAGAAGAAGAAGAAGAAGAAGAAGAAGAAGAAGAAGAAGAAGAAGAAGAGCGAUGGACGAUCGAGCCUUUCAACUCACCUGAAAGGAAAGGACAUGGAAGCUUGUUUUAUUUCUUCUUCUUUUUUUUUUUUUUAAUUAAUGUCUAAUUUCAGAAGAGGUAACAGAAACACGAGGACGACGAAGAACAUUUAUCAGCCUCAGAUAUCCAAUUUUUCUCACAUCCACUUGGAGACUCUGACUAGCUGGCGUUCGGAUAAUAUAUUUUAUUUAAUAUUAUAUUAUAUUCUAAAGUGACAAAUAUUACAUCAUUUUAAUAUAUGUAUAAAAAAUAAGAAUAAUAAAAUGAAUACAUCGGAGACUAAGUUGGUAUUUUGUGCGCUGGUGAUGCUGCUGUUAUCCUGCACAGAAGCCAAGGACCUGAACAUCACGGUUGCGCGGUAUGCGCGCGCGCCGCCGCCCAUGUGCACCGGACCCACAGAGAUUCGGGACGCGUUUAAGUACAUAAACGCUGCCGUGUCGUGUGUCGUGUUCGUAGCUGGGCUCGUGGGGAACUCCGCACUACUGCGCAUCAUCUACGCAAAUGAGCGCAUGCGCAACGGGCCUAACCUGCUCAUCGCGAGCCUGGCGCUUGGUGACCUCGUGCACAUCGUAAUCGGCAUCCCUAUUAACGUGUACAAGCUUCUGGCUGAAGACUGGCCUUUUGGUGUUGGAGUCUGCAAACUGGUUCCUUUUGUGCAGAAGGCUUCUGUUGGCAUCACAGUCUUGAGUUUGUGUGCAUUAAGCAUAGACAGAUACCGUGCGGUAGCAUCGUGGAGCCGUAUCAAAGGAAUCGGAGUGCCCAGGUGCACGACCAUUGAGAUCAUACUGAUAUGGUUGUUGUCCAUCAUUCUGGCAGUGCCUGAGAUCAUUGCCUUUGACAUGAUCACUAUGGAUUAUAAAGGAGAUCACUUGAGGAUCUGCCUGCUGCAUCCCCUGCAAAAGAGCCAGGUCAUGAAGUUUUAUAAGUUAGCAAAAGACUGGUGGCUCUUCAGCUUUUACUUCUGCAUGCCACUGGCCUGCACCGCCAUCUUCUACUCCCUCAUGACCUGUGAAAUGCUGCGAAGGAAGGACAGCGUGCAGAUUGCUCUGAACGAUCACUUGAAACACAGACGUGAGGUGGCCAAGACCGUGUUCUGCUUGGUGUUGGUCUUUGCUCUGUGCUGGUUGCCUCUGCACCUGAGCCGCAUUCUCAAGCUCACCCUUUAUAAUGAGGACGAUCCAAACCGCUGUGAGCUUCUGAGCUUCUUCCUGGUCCUUGAUUACAUUGGGAUCAACAUGGCUUCAGUGAACUCAUGCAUCAACCCUAUAGCUUUAUAUAUAGUCAGCAAACGGUUUAAGAGCUGCUUCAAGUCUUGCUUGUGUUGUUGGUGUUUGCCUCCUGAGGUGUUAGCAGUGGAUGAACAGCCGUCCUGCAUGAAGCUCAAAUCGGCAGAGCGCGGGUCAGAAGCAGCAGCAGCCGAGCCAAAGAAUAUUAUUUGUAAUUCACACUUGCUGACUUUGAAUCGCUGCUUAGAAGUGUACUCUGUCGUGCCACAGACAGAGCGUGGAAUGAUUUCGUCUUGUCUAACGGUCAAAGCACAUUUAUAGAGCUGAGAAUAACAUUCUCAGCUCUAUUUGCAUAUAAAAAUGACAGAAUAAAAUCUAAUUCGUAUGGAGUAAAUCAAAUGAAACACACCAUGCUGUUACAAUCACCAUGAUGCUGACUUGCUCUCAUGAUCCGCCAAAGCGUUCAUAUACUACAGCUUCUGUCACUGUUUUCUUGAAAGAUGGCUUGAUAAUCCCAAAUGAGGAUGGAAUGAUCUUUAGUAUUGUCAUCUGAACAAAUCUUAACAAUGUUGAUCCCACGCAGGAUUCGGUGACUGUGCUGUUAUAAAUAUGUAACAAAUGAUGUCACAAAUGAGUAGUAUUUGUAGGUAAAGUGAUAGAACAUCUUAGGGUGUGCUGUGCUAGAAAAAUUAUCAACGACAAGCUCGAUAUAAAGUGGAGCCAUGUAAAAUUUAUUAUUCCCCAAUAACGCCACAUCCCGAAGUGGAUUAUUUCUCUUAUACAUUUACAUUAUGGCAUUUAGCAGACAGCCUUAUCCAGAGUGACUUACAACUGAGCGUUAAGGGCCUUGCUCAGGGGCCCAGCAGUGGCAGCUUGGUGGACCUGGGGGUUGAACCCAUGGUCUUCUGAUCAGUAGCCCAACACCUUAACCACUGAGCUACCACAUCUCGUAUACCACCGCAAACUUGCCAACCAUUACACAGCCCUUCCAGGAUUUCGGCGCUGUUUAAUAAUUUUUUUAAUUAAUUCAUUUUAUUUCAAAACACUUCAUUUAUUUUAUUCAUUCAUAGUGAAAUUUUAUGUUGUGGAAUGUUGAUGAAAAAUGUUUGUAUCUAUAAGACCUUGUAACAGUAUAUAAGGUAUAGAAUGUUACAUCGAAACCACGAAUCUUUCUGUUGCGAUGUCUUUACGGCUUUACAGUUUCUGUCUAUUACAAAUUAUACUUCCGUUAUAGUUCUAGUGUAAGUUGUAACUUUACAAAUAAAAGCAUACUAGUCAUUAAUGAGGGUGUUGUUAUAAACAUUGCAGCUAGUGUCAUAACUGCUGUUCUACAAAAAAGGUCCUUAUUUAUAAUUAGAAAUAUAGAUAUAUUUAAAUCUACUGACCAAUCAUAUUCAAUAAGAGUUAUAUAAUAUUCAACCUAUAGGUUCCUAUAGGACUAUUUCUUAUAUCUUAUACAUCAUCUCAUACAUUAUACAUUGCAUAUUCAAAGCUUUGUGUGUGAAAUGUUUCAUGUUUCAAUAUGUUAUUAUUUAAUCUCUUACUUUAGUAUCGCAUACAGUAUGUAAAUGAGCCACUAUGAUAUUUUUGUUAUUACUUCUUUUUUUUUCAGGAAUGUUAUGUAUUUUGAAGUUUGAUAUGAUAUUAUAUAGGUUAUUGGUGUUACUCAGCAAUUCUAACUGUCCAUCGUGUUUGCUUCGCAUCUCUGGGGUUGGUUUGAUCUCCUUGUGAGUCAGGGGAUUCCUCCGGCUCUGUUUCCUCCCCCAGUCUAAAGACAUGAGUUGUUAUUGUCUGUUGUGUGUAAACAAGGUUGUGAGUGUGUGUAAUUGUGGCCUGCAAUGUGUUGACACCAUUGGGAUUGACUCCAGGCUUUUUUGUAUUUGAAUUAAUUGGAAGCCUUUAUUAUCGCCAUAAAUCUAUUACAGCACAGUGCAAUUCUUUUUUUCGCAUAUUCCAACUGAGGAGGUUGGGAUCGGAGCACAGGGGCAGCUAUGAUAGAGCGUCUCUGGAGCAGAGAUGGUUAAGGGCCCAACAGUGGCAGUUUGGCAGUGCUGGGGCUUGAACCCCUAUCCUUACCCACUUAAGCCACCACUGCCCCUGUAACCCUUAAAGGAUAAGUGGUACAGAAAUUGGA